AUGAGACUUGAUCUCUCAUGGCACGAUUCAAAUGUUGGUGGAAUGGACAGUGAUGACGACUUCCUCGACGAUGGCCUUGACUUCGACUCAAUCCCUGCAGGAACACUGCUUCAACUCGAGCAAAGCGCCUGGCAAGCUACCCAAGUACCACCGCCGCAAUCUGCUGAACGAAGUCACAGCACCGGUCUCCAGACGAACAGAAACCAGCUGAAUCAACGAGGAUACAAUUUACCGCCUUCGCAGCGUCAUAACUCAAGCUUCUACGGCGAUGUAGAGGUUAUCGAUCUAGAUGCGGAUAUUCUAGAGGAUAAUGAUGAGCGCUUGGACGAUGUCGUCAAUUCAAACCCGCCGGUCACCCAGAACGUGCUACACAGUCGCACAUCAGACCAGAAACAAUAUACCCCUGUUCAAACACAACAUGCGCAACCUGCUCAGGGCUCUAACAUUAAUUACCCCGAUCAUGAGAUAGGAGCAAGAAUUGAAGAGGUUUCACGCCAAUACGAUGCCAUUAACGAACAACUGGCAGCAGCCAGAGAAGACGCGACAAAGAAAGCCGGCGAAGUGGCCAUCCUCAGGGCGAAUCUUACCAAACAAGCACAAGAAUUCGAGCGCACGAUUACUUCCCUCAGAGCUCAAUUGGCGGAUUUAACAACAAAGAAUAAAGGUGCGCAGGAAGCUGCUAUCGAUGAGCGGCAAAAGCUUGAAACAGAGAACCUAUUUCUAAGGGAAGAGCUACGUGAUGAGACCCUGCGAGUAAACAAUCUUCGCGCAAAGAAGAGAACAGAGGCACCUCAAACGCCCAGGAAACAGAGAACACUGCCCUUCCGCGAUGGAUUCGAUGAUGACGAGAUUGGAUUUGCGUCUCCUACAAAGUCCUCCGGUGGACGAUCGAAACGAGGGACGCCGACUGUUCCGGGAAAGCGAAAGCGCAAAGUUAGCGAUGCUCCAAUACCUAUGCCACCUCUACAAUUGAGCCAGGGAAACCAGGCUUCUGUAGAGACGGAUAUACUGGGUUUGGAUUCUAUGGACACGGGCACCAGUGAAAGAGAGUGCAUAUCAGGACAAGUCAUUGAAGAGGGGUUUUACAUGACACAGAUCUUAAACCACAGAACUCAUCUCAAUAGGGAAAGUGAUUUGGAGGUUAUGGCUGGGCUUGCAUUCCCUUCGGAACCUGACAGGAAGAUAUCUUCUAUUGUUUUGGAGACAAUGAGCGGAGUGACGUCUAAUUACGCAGUCAAAUAUGCCCAUUGCCUUAUACAGCUGUGGGAUCGUGCUCUAGUAGAAAAGUUUUACAAGGUUGUCCCUGUGUUCAUGGCUUCGAUCAAGUUCAUUCUACUACUCGAUUUAUAUUCGAUUAGUCCGCAACUAAUCACCGAGCUGGCCGGUAUUCUCCAAGCAUCGAUCUACGUCAAUGCGGCCACUCGUUUUGAACAUUCUGCGGUAUCCUCGAAAGUCAAGGGAGAAAGUCGCCGCACCCCACGUACAGUCUUACAUACAGAUGUCGACUCGACCACCGCAUUAGAGAUUAUGUAUCUCUUGGUGCUGGCAUGUCGACAAGACGAUGAAGCGCAUGAACAUCUAUGGCGCAAUAUACACUUUGACAUAUUAUUGAUGACUUUGAACGACCACCAACCUUUGCAAGAUAUUGUCCUCUCACUCAAAAUUUUGUCGACAAGUCUCCGACGAAACUCGUUUGGGACUAUUCAGCCAUCCGAGGCGGAACAAAGACAGGUCGAAUACCACUUUAUUGAGCGCGUCACGUGUCUCCUCUUUCAGCGCAUUGAGCCGGACGAAGGCGAAGAAGACUACCUUCCUCUGCAGAUCUGUCAAAUGCGUUUAGAAGCUCUCACUUUUCUAGAGAUGAUCACGUUCUACAGCUUCGAUAUGAUGGCAGAUGCGAGCAAAACAGCCAUAAUCUCCUAUCCGCUAGUUCUCCCACGUCUAUUUCGAACAUUAUACGACGAGAUGGAUCGUCUGUACACGCUGUCACCAGAACACGAUAUUCGCACAGCUCUCGUUAACCGAUUGAUGCAUUUGAUAUUCAAACUUAUCCGAAGUGGAGGCGGCAAGAACCUUAACGAGGGAUUAUCGCGACUGGCCGGUGCAAAGCAAAAGCAUCGACUAGUCCUAUCGCGACUGGCAUUUAGUGAGGGUCAGUUUUUAGAGUCUGGUAUAACUGAAGAGACGAUGGAGAUGGCGCGACAGUUGCUUGAGGAAGAGGAUAUGAGUCCUGAGGAGGCUGAAGCGUUGUUUGUUGCUUUUCCGACGGGUGGGCGACUGAGUGGUAAGGAAGGUACACAGGUUGAGUAAAUAUUUACUUCAAAGAUAGCUAUGAAAUAAUGACCACAACACUUCCUUCCCGCAUAUAAACAAUCCAUGUCCGAAUGUGUACUUGAGUGUAAAUCCCUUCUCCAUACCCUCGCACAAGGCCAGGAAACGAUGAAAAGAAUAAUCCACCAAAGGUGAAGGGAGCCAAAGAAUACGCCUGCCAAAGACCCAAAAGGCCGUUGGACAAAUCGGUCCUCCGCGCUGUGCAAUGCAGGGACCAAUCUGUGGUAGCCCGCCUUGA